AUGGCGGACAACUUCCUGACAGUGGUGCCCGUGGAGCUCAAGUUUGAGCUCCGCAAGAAUGUGCCGUGCACGUUGACCCUACAAAACCCCACGGGGGACCGCGUGGCCUUCAAGGUCAAGACCACCAGCCCCAAGAAGUACUGCGUGCGGCCCAGCAGCGGCAUCGUGGAGCCCGGCAGCAGCAAGGAGGUGCAGGUCAUCAUGCAGGCGCAGCGCGAGUACCCGCCCAGCCUGGCAGACUGCAAGGACAAGUUCCUGGUGCAGUGCGUGAAGCUGGGGCAGACAGAUGCAAAGGAGGUGAUGCCAGAGAUGUUUGACGCGACAAAGCAGAAGGACAUCAGGCAAACCAAGCUGCGGGUGGUGCUGGUGGGCCCGCCCAAGCCGCCCUCGCCAGUGCCUGAGGGCGUGGAAGAGCCGGUGAGCCCCGCCACGCUGGGCGGCUACAAGGAUGCCCCCAGCGCGGGCACCGCCGCGGCCGGCGCCAGCCUGCGGGACCAGCUGGGGGCUGCACAGGAGGACAAGGCGGAGAUCCGCAAGCGGCUGGAGCUGCUGGAGGAUCGGUCAGCGGCGGGCGGCGGCGGGCGUGCCGCGUUGAAGCAGCCCAAGGCGAACGGCGGUUUUAGCGUGCUGCAGCUGCUGCUGGUGGCGGUGCUGGCCUUCCUCAUCGGCCACUUUGCCAACGUGGCGGUGCCGCUGCUGACAGAGAAGCUGAAACAGCAGUAG